UGCGAUGAGCUGCGUUUGGCAUGUAAGGAUUAGUCAAUGGUGGAAACCCAUGGCUAGCAGUUGGAAGAGAUCUGCAAGUAGUUGGGUCGGAUUGUUCCAAUGUAGGAGUCUCGUCACCAUGACUGACCGGAUUAGCAGAGGGAAUCAUGACAGGCACGACUUCAGUCGCGAUGUUGGAUUGCUGGGAUGUAAAGGCGAACAUGGAGUUGGUGCUAGCUCGACGACUAUGGGACUUUGAGGGUGAAGAAAAGGUGGAGAACAAUGAACUUCUUCGAGAGCGGGAGUUGGAGAGAGGUAGCAUCGGUGGUUCAAUCUCAGCAGAAGCACUACCAAAGAUAUUCAAAGGAUUGUGUUGGGAAUCGAAUUCGGCAGAAGGAGAGUAAAUAUCGCCCAUAUCCACCACACCAAAGUCGGUGCUGAGUGGAAGUGGAGGUACAGGACCUGGCACAACACCAUUGACAGUAUGAGAUUGAACAGGAAAAAACUGUUGUUGGUGAAGGGUCUUUGAAUUUCCGUUAGUAACACUUGCGAUGGUAAUGGGAGGAGGACCGAUUCCCACUGGUGUUUGUAUAUACAGAUUGGCACUUUCUUGACUUGCCAAUGAUGACUGUCGAGUAUGAUGACUGUUGAAUGCGGCGGUAGAUGGCGAUACAGUGUUUUUUGUCGAAUUCCCGUUCAAUGGAUUGGAAUGAACGGGAAUAGCGGUGGCAGGUGGAUCUCUGUCCAUUAAUCAGGUAGAUACGACCUCG